CAGUGGAGCUCCGACUAGACCUGUCAUACGACAGUGUGAGUCGACGCCAUGCGUUUCGUGCUUAUCCUCGCUGCCUUGGCCGCGGCCGCCGUUGCAGGGCCGACGGGCCAGCGAUCGACAUGUGCUCUCCACUGCAAUGAUGUUGAAAAUUAUGCUUACGAAACGGGCAAAAGUUAUGUUUACGAAUACUCGGUGACGACCUCCACCGCCCUCCUGGAAACCUUUGAGGACGACGCCCACUUGCACAUCACCGCCAACGCCCACAUCGAUGUUUCUGCCCCCUGCGAGUACAUCCUCAAGUUGACCGACGUCAAUCUUGAUGGAUCGUCUCACGGACCAGAGUUCGCUGCUGCUGUUACCAAGUCUCCCUUGCGCUUCUCCUUCCAAGAUGGCCAAGUGGAGAGUAUCUGCGGCGAAGCAUCUGAGCCGGCCUGGGUCCUUAACUUCAAGAGAGGUGUCCUUUCUACCUUCCAGAACUCCAUGGCCCAUCAGGGUGAUGAGGACAUUAAGGAGACAGACAUCUCUGGUGUUUGCAUGACUCACUACAAUGCUACAGUAGAGGGCAGCGUUGUCACCAUUGAUAAGGUCAAGGACUUAGCCACAUGUACUCAGCGACCUGACCUGACCUUCAUCCCCUCAACUGGAUACAUCAGUGACUCUCCAGUCCAGAGCCUCCCAAUCUUUAAAAGCUCAAGCAAGUGUCACCAAAGGGUAGAGGAAGGCCUUCUGAAGACGGCAGAAUGUGAGGAGACCCACGUGUUCCGUCCCUUCUCCAGCGAAAAGGGAGGAGCUGUUACAACUGCCAAGACUACCAUGAUUCUCAUGUCUCAGGAACGACUUACUCCUAUCACAGACUUUGACUUCAAGCGCAAUACACUGGCUUUCGAGCACACACUCGCACCAGAAGCUCAGCUUGAAGCAGUUGAGGAGAUCUUGAGCAAUCUGGAGAUUGCUUCCAACAAUGAAAUCCUUCCAGAGGUUCCUUCACUAUUUGCCAAACUCGUGUCAUCACUCAAGGAACUGGAUUACCCUCAGCUCAACACUGUUUACAACAAUGCUAAAGAAACUCACACACGGAAGUUCCUGGUUGACGCUAUGCCACUGGUGGGAACAGCUGCAUCUUUUGGUGUGGUCAGAGACAUGUUCCUCAAUGGGGACAUGACAGAAUCUGAGGCUGAUGUGUUCUUCACUUCACUGGCUUUCUUCAAGAACCCAACAGCAGAAAUGUUUACUGCUCUUGCUCCUUUACUCGAGAACAACCCAAGCCAAAAAGCAAUGUUGGGAACUUCUGCUCUCAUCAACACCUUCUGCAAAAUCAAUGAAGACUGUGGUGCCGAUUCCAGUGUCCAGCAAGUAAUUCGUCGAAUUGAAACACAACUUGGAUCUGGCUGUCGCACUGUGAAUGAAGAAGAGAAAGUCAGGGUACUCGUUGCUCUCAAGGCACUUGGCAAUGCUGGCCGAUGGGUUAAUGCCAACUCAGUCCUAAGGCGAUGCUAUACUGAAGAUAAUGAGAUGGAAGUGCGAGUGGCUGCUAUUGACGCAUGGAGGCACACUCCAUGUGAAUAUGACCGAUCUCACCUUCUGGCUGCUUUCCAAGAUGAAACUCAGGACACAGAGGUUCGCAUUGCUGCCUACCUUGCUCUCAUGACCUGUCCUACUCCAGACCUUAUCAAUACCAUCAAGGACCGUCUCACUUCAGAAGGUGUCAACCAGGUGGGCUCCUUCAUCUGGACUCAUAUGACCAACAUGCAGGAAUCAGCUGCUCCAGAAAAACAGUGGGCUCGUCAAAUGAUUGGCGAGGAACUUCUCCAGAAAAAGUUCAGUACCGAAGCCCUCAAGUUUUCUCGCAACUAUGAAUCCUCUUUCUUCAUGAAUGAAAUCAACACUGGGGCUUCAGUUGAAAGCAAUGUCAUCUUCUCCAGCAAGUCCUACCUGCCACGUUCUGCAAUGCUGAACCUCACCCUCGACCUCUUUGGACAGUCUAUCAACUUCUUUGAGGUUGGUGGAAGAAUCGAAGGUUUUGAGGCUUACAUUGAACGCUUCUUUGGUCCUAGAGGAUAUUACCCAGAGGAAACCAUUGAAACCAUCCUAAGGAAUAUGCGACAGAACAGUGACGCUGAUGCCACCACGCUUGAAGCUUCCUUGACCACAUAACUGAUGAACCGAAGGGAUCCUACUACCUCCGAGUUUUUGGCAAUGAGCUUCAUUACCACCACUUCUUAGGACUUGAAAACCUCAUCCAAACAUCCGGUGCUUCUAACCCACUGGAAUUCUUGAUGAAUCUGGCUCGUCAGGGAGAUGUUGAUUACA